AAACAUCCACCGAUCGAGGACGAGGACAUAGACGAAGACUGGACUGUGGAAGUUGAGGGGCUGCAUUGGGCUUCGAUCGUGAGAGUGGCAAGCAUGGGAUCCAGGAAGGUGCACUUCCUGGCCUUGUGCCUGACGGCGAUGGCGCUCGUCAGCGUCGUGUCUGGGUACGCUUAUCAACAGCCCAAGAAACCUGUGUACCGGGCCAAGAAAUGCCAGCCAGCAGGUCACUUCGGCGCAGCGUGUGGCCUGUUCGUGAAGAAGACUUACUACUACGGCAGCUGGGCACCGUACCCGAAGUACCACUCGCUCUGCUGCGCACUCAUGCGCAAGGAAUCCACCACCUGCCUGUGCAACGCUGCCAAAUCGAAGUUCAAGUUCUCCGUCGAUCUGAAAAAGGUGCAGCAAGUCGCCAGAAAGUGUGGCAAGAAGCAGGCGGUCAAGUGCCAAGCUCGUAAACCGUAUUACUACAAAUCUCCGCCUCCUCCCAAGUACUACUACAAGUCGCCUCCUCCUCCCAAGUACAUGUACAAGUCCCCACCCCCACCAGCGUACAAGUAUAAGUCUCCUCCCCCACCAGCGUACAAGUACAGUUCUCCUCCACCUCCAGCGUACAAGUACAGUUCUCCUCCACCACCGGCGUACAAGUACAGUUCUCCUCCACCACCGGCGUACAAGUACAGUUCUCCCCCACCACCGGCGUACAAGUACAGUUCUCCACCACCACCGGCGUACAAAUACAGUUCUCCCCCACCACCGGCGUACAAGUACAGUUCUCCCCCACCACCGGCUUACAAGUACAGCUCCCCUCCUCCACCCCCAUACGUAUACAACUCCCCUCCACCGCCUCCUUACGUAUACAACUCACCUCCACCUCCAGCAUACGUAUACAGCUCCCCUCCACCGCCCGCGUACGAGAAUACCUCUCCUCCUUCGGAAGGGUACUAGGAGGAGUUCCGGUUUCAGAAACCGGCUGCGCUUUGAAACAGUCGGAACCGAGCUCUCUUGCCCGGAUGAUGAUGGGGACUAUUAUAUGAAUCUUCAGUUCGUAGACAUGUCCUUUCGAAUUAGUUACGUCGCAUUGAUUCAUUAUUUCAACGAUUUUAGAUAUAUUAGAUUAGAAUCCAUAUUAGAUUCACCGAUAUUUUUUUAAAUGAAUUUUAUUUUUAAUCAUAAUAAUUGUAUUUCACAAUUGG